CUUCGUCUUCCAAAAACGACAGGGAAAUACAAGCAAUAUUUGGUCCAACAAUGGCCAACCAAAUUCACAAAAAUAAUAUUAAUGCAGUUUUUGUUCUGGGGAUUGUAUGCGUGACGCUGUUGAUACAGAAGAGUGGUGCAACUGACUUUGCAAUUGGAGGCUCAAAGGGCUGGUGUAUUCCUGAUUCUUCUGUUCACUAUAAUCAAUGGGCAGAAAGAAACAGGUUUCAAAUCGGAGACUCCAUUGUGUUCCACUACCCUCCUGGCCAAGACUCAGUGCUUCUAGUAACCCAGGACGACUACACCAACUGCAACACGGAUUCACCUACGGCUAAGAAAUACACCGAUGGCCACACUGUCUUCAAGUUCAACCAAUCCGGGCCAUUCUACUUCAUCAGUGGGAACAAAGAUAAAUGUCAGAAAAAUGAGAAGGUGGUAGUGAUUGUCUUGGCAGAGAGAAGCAGAAAUGCAAAACCCCCUUCAUCUUCAAACUCAAAAGAUAUGAUCCCAUCUCCAGCUCCUUCUGAUGAAGCGUCUCCACCUCCACCGCCGUCAGGGACUACUGAGAUUAACCCUACUCCUGCUCCUGAAGGUGAAACACCUCCUCCACCUCCGAACGCGGCUUCUUCAGUUUUCAUGAGUUUUAUUGGGUCCGUCGGAGCAUUUGCUGCAUCCUCAACACUUUUACUACUCUAACUGGAUUGGAUUCCUUGAGUACAAAGUUUGUUUUCUUCUGAGAGUAUCUUUUUAUUACUCUCUGUCUUAUUUUAUGUUCUUUUUUCCUUAAAGCUCAGUGUACAUGUUUGUACUGGUGCUUGAUAUUUGUUUGAUUCUCAUUUGUAUGUGCUUGUGAGACUCCACAAUAAAGGCCAAUAAUGUAGAUGUAUGCACAAAUAAAUAAAUUGAUUAAUUUUACGUAGUGCA